GAUUUCACAUGGAAAUAAACUAAACACUCAAUUCAAAAGUGCAUGGAGUAAGCAGUGACGAAUAAAUUGAAAUUAGUUGUUUUUGCUGAAUGGACGGUAUUAAAUGGUGUAAGGAAUUGUAACAAUGAAUACACCGACAAAUCAUUGGUACAAUCAACAGCAGAGAAAUGAACAGCUGGCAAAUUGCAUUCAAAACCAAAUAUUUCAUCGGCGACAUCGAACUUGGAGACGAACCCCGUACGGCCAAACAUAUCGAUAUGAUCGCAAUGGACACCCGUUUGUUUUAAUGUCAUACAACAUAUUAGCACAAUCAUUGCUUUGUAAACAUUCACAUUUGUAUACCGAGAAUGUGGCCGAGUUUUUGGAAUGGCCACACCGUUUACAGUGCAUUCGAAAUGAAAUUUUCGAGAUGAAACCAGCGAUUUUAUGCUUACAAGAAGUGCAACAGUCGCAUCUGGAAGAAAUUCAAAAUGCAUUACAACCGAUGUGCUAUGCAAAGCCACUGUACAAAAAACGCACCAGCCCUGAUUAUGACGAUGGAUGCGCCAUUUUUUACGAUCCACAAUUUUUCGAACUCAUUGACCAUCAUUAUGUUGAAUUUUAUCAACCUGAUGUUAAAAUACUCGAUCGAUUCAAUGUGGCAAUCAUAGCUAAAUUUGUAUCAAAGCGUCUUGAAAAUCUACAAUUGACCGUUGCCACAACACAUCUAUUGUAUAAUCCUCGCCGAGAUGAUGUACGUACCGCACAACUGCAAGUGCUACUCGCUGAGCUUGAUCGAAUGUCAGUGCACACGAAAACUAAGGAGCCAUUGCCAAUCAUUUUAACGGGUGAUUUCAAUUGUUUGCAAUUCUCUGCACCGUAUCGGCUAGUUAACGAUGGUCACAUCAAUUCAACUAAUCUACCGCUGUCAUGCCAAAUCAUGGAUGACUGCAAGCAUAUGAAUGUGACAAUACACCAGAAUCGACGAAGAACUGCUCUCUUCAACAGCAGCAGCGGGAGUAACGAUAGUGCCGCUGAAUUUGCUUCGGACGACGAAGGCAAAGAUUGUGUGAAUGUAAGUGAUGCAACAAUUGAAUAUAUACUGUCAUCCGGACUACCGUAUAAUACCGGAGCAUUAUGGCAUUACUUGAACCUACAACCAACCUUGGUAUCGAACAACAUGGCGUCGACAUAUCAAGACAAAUGGAUAAUGGUGGACUAUAUAUUUUACACAAAAUAUUCACGACGAACACUUGGCCCAUUGACAACACCAACGAAAUAUUCAUCGCUUAAAUUACUAGCCAACUAUGAACUACCGAUUAAACAAGACUGCCAUAAUCUGGGACCAAUACCGAACUGGAUCUACGGGUCGGACCACUACGCCAUGGCAUCAGAAUUUGUGAUUCGAUGAUACACGCAAUUUGGAUAUGUGAAAAAUCAAUUGACUAAAGAAAAACCAUUUAUAUAUGUUGAAUAUUUUUUAAAGAUUUGAGAAUGAAUAAAA